CAUCCCCAGUUGCACCAGCUUUCUCGCUCCAAUUAUUCGUCUUCAUGAUUCCUGGACCACUUUCGCUUGACUAUGCACGCCGUAUAGCCUAAGGCCGAUGCCACGGACGAUACCCUCCCUCACCCUUUCCUCCCUAUACGCAAAAUGUCCUCCAACUCCACCGAACGGACACCGUUGAUAUCAUCCUUGUCGCAGGGUUCGGCUUCUAGCACACAAGUCCCACAGAAGCCACAACGGAGCGUAACAUUCAACCCUACGGUAUUUUCGAGUAGCCCCAGACAGUUUUCGGUCGCCGAAACCACCGAGUCCUCGUCAUACCCAGCCAGCCAUGGCGGACCUCCAGUGUUAUCGACCCUCAACAAUAAAUUGAGGAGAAGAAAUAGCUCCGGUGCCCCUGCAUGGCCACCGCCUGCGCCUCUUCCGAAGUUGGGGCCCCAGCGUACGACGAGAACUGCACAGAAGCUAAAGCUCUUACCUGAUACAGCGCUGGGAGAGGGGGCGGAGGACGAGGAGAGUGGUCGGGAUGUCUAUGUACAGUACACUCGCAUCAAAGAUCCAACAGCGCGAAGAGAUGCUGCACGCCUUGGAAAGGCAGACCGUGAACGGUUACCGAGGGUAACGGCAUAUUGUACAGCCGAUACUUACCGGCUGGAUGACCUCAUGCGCUACUUGAAGGGCAAGGCGAGGCUUAGAGGAGCGCAGCCUAAGCGGUUUGAUGAAUGCAUCUAUUCUCCAUACAACUACGGCCGUAGAGGGGCAGAGGAAGUGGUGAGCACAGCAGUUCAGGAUGGUUGGUCCACAGAGCGCCCAAGGAGGUUUUCGGACAGUGCAAUAGAAGUCGAUGUUCAAAGCGAAAGACGAAGGGAAGAUCUUAUCGACCUACAAGAAGGGGAGGGCGCAAUUAACGAGAUAGAAGACGGAGAGGCCUCAUCUCGACCGCAUCGACCCUCACAGACGCACUCAGAUUCCGACCCUAGCUUGAGCACCGCAGACUUUGAUACCAUUGUGCACACACCGGAGGUGUUUCUGUUCGAGUAUGGCACCAUUGUCAUAUGGGGUAUGAGCGUUCAAGAAGAGCAACGGUUUCUCAAGGAGAUCGCCAAGUUCGAGGUGGAUAAGCUGGCGAAGAGCGAUGUCGAAACGGAAGAGUUCAACUUUUACUAUACACGCGAAUACCAGGCGCGUAUCUACAACGACUUCAUUAGUUUAAGGGACAAGAAGAAUUACAUGACCAAACUGGCCAUCAGCCAUGCCUUGUCGCAGAGCGUAAAGACGUCCUUGUAUGAGGCCCUAUUGGACGACACUAUCGAGAAGACGAAGGACAUUCCCCAACAGAUAUCAAACACCGGAAAGGUUGACCUGAAUAAGAAGCAGAUCAACAUGCGAAUUGGGGAGCUGUUCAUAUUACGGAUCAAGAUCCAUCUUCAGGGGUCUGUGCUAGAUGCACCGGAACUUAUGUGGGCUGAGCCGCAGCUGGAUCCUAUAUAUCAAGCUGUCCGCAGUUACCUUGAGAUGGAUCAGCGCGUCCGACUCCUAACAGAGCGCCUAGACGUCAUAGGGGACCUGCUCAGUGUGCUCAAGGACCAGCUCACAGUGACACAUGGCGAACUCCUUGAGUGGGUUGUCAUCUUCUUGAUCUUCGUGGAGGUCGUCGUGGCGGUUAUCAAUAUCGUCGUUGACCUCCAAGCGGCUGGCGGUUGAUGCACUUUCGGCGGCUUGUAUCUACUCCCAAUGCUUCUCUUGUAUUGUAUUAUGUAUGGGAACUAGAGGCCACCAGCUCCAAAUUGUGUAUAUACUCUUCGGGAGAACGGAGCUGGUUGCUACAAGGGAUUAUUACCUAGUCGGCGGUGUUCUUGGGUCCAUGGAUGGCUCACAUGGACGAAACAGCAGCGCAUGUGCGCUCUUUGGUAGAAAUUGCCCCUGUCGUGCCGGGCACGAUCGUUGUGCUACGUAGUCACUUGCUUGUGAGUGGCAUGACUUGAUUACAUUGAUAAAUGUACACAUUUUCAUCAAUCGGUCAUAAUGAAAGC